UGUAACCCCACACCUUCAUUACUCCACUUGUCAUACACAUCUUUGAGGUGCAACGAGAAAAGCCAACUCCUCAGUUUCUUGUCUACACAUCAAAAAACAAAAUCCAAAAUGGUUUGGGGACAAAUAAUUCCACUUUUUCUACUGAUCAUCCUUCAUGGAAGAUGUGGUCAAUUUUUUAAAGCCUUGUGCCAUGUUGAGAUUUGUCAAUGUGGGGAGAACGUGACCGUCACGUGUGACCUGACCUACCCACCUGAGGAAAUCAGUCUGGAAUAUGAUGAUAAACUAAUCACCUCUAUUAAUUUGACUGAGAAGGAGGGAAGGGCAGACAAUGGAACAAUUGCCAUUGAAUGGACAGAAGACAAGAUGAAGGUGAACAUCUCCAAAGUCAUGUUUUCUAAUGCAAAGAAAUAUGCUCUAAUACCGUGGGAAGGAUCAAGAGGAAAUCCGAUACAGACCAUCAUAAUCAAUGUUUCUGGUAUAUGUGAACCAGAAAUAUCUGAAAACAGUGAAACAGGAGAACUUGAAUGUGAAGCAGAAAGUGAAGAAAAUGCUUUAAUAGUCUGGAAUGUCACUCAUCUCAACCCAAACACCAGCGUUACACAACUAGACAAAGGCUAUAAAUUAAGGUCUUCUCUGAAGAUCACAGAAGAGAUUAAGAAUAAAAUUAUAUGCUGUUAUGUCUCUACAGAGAAUGAGUCCUACAACACAAAGGAGUCAGGGACAAGUCAUGGCGGCAGAAAGAAGUCAUCAUGUUGGUCUUGGAAGGAACUCCUCGAAACAGGAACCUCAAAAGGUAACAAACAACUAAGCAGCAAGAACUCUACUAUCCCCGCAUUUCUUAUUCCUCUGGCUGUUGCUUUAGUCGCUGUUGCUUUCUGGUAUCUACUGAAAAGAAGGAACACGAGCAUUGUCGAAGAAGCACCUGAAGAACAGAAAACAGCCACCAUCACUGUUGCCAGAAGUUGUAUAAUAUAG